CAAUCACUUGAUUUGAUCCCAAGGAAUGAAACACACGAAGACAUCACUAGAGACCAGAGCUGAAGACAACGAACACAACAGACAACAGCCUAAGAUUUACGCGAAGAACUCAAUGGACAGAUUCGAUGACCAUUUGUGUGCACUUCUCUUGUCUUAUAAACUUUCGGUCAAAAACCGGUUCCGAUUGGAAAAAGUCUCCAAACAGUUCCAGAGGACAGUCUUCGGGAGUGUUGUCGACAUUACUUUAAAAGACAGAUUCAUUGAUAAACUCAUAACUGGAGAUACAAUUGACGCCCAAGUGUUGGGCAAAAUCACGACAAAGUGUCCAAACAUUCAAACCAUAGACUGUCGAGGAAUGAGAAAACACGUGAAACACAUUCCAGAACUGUUAUAGUCAACAGAUUGUCACACAAUUUGGUCAACAAUUGUUACGAUUAACACAAUUAAGGAAAUUGAGACUCGAUUUAGAGCACGUCUAUAGGAAUCACUCUUUGGCCGACACUUUGUGUAAAAUUGGUGUGAAUUGCAAACAAUUGAAACGAUUGUCACUCGCAUUGAACUCCAGG